AUGUGCUAUGUAAGUCAUGCAAAAAGUCGACGCAGACUACGCGUGACCAUAUUCAAACGCACUGUUUUACAGCGUGAUGCAGACGAAACUGUUGAUGCUGUAAACCUUGGUAACACUUCGAACAGUGAAAAAAACGAAACUCUGAGCGAUGCACUGAACGGCACAAUGACGGUCGAUGGAAACAUAACUGAAGGAUCUCCGUCCGGAAAUGACACUUCAUCUGGAUCAAAUAGCACUCUUACAACGGAUGAAAUCAAUGAAGCAUUGGUUGAGAAUACGAAUGCUACGUCGAACGCUACUAGCGAAACGACUAUUCUCGAUGGUACGUCAGAUGUCACUAACGAAACGAAUAUUGUGGAUGGUACGUCGAAUAUCAGUAAUGAAACAACUAAUAUGAAUGAUACGUCAAAUGCCACUAACGAAACGAAUAUUGUGGAUGGUAUCUCAAAUGUCACUAACGAAACGAAUAUUGUGGAUGGUACGUUGGAUGCUACUAACGAAACAAAUAUUGUGGAUGCUACGUCGAAUAUCAGUAAUGAAACAACUAUUGUGAGCAACACCACGAUGGAAAGCUCUUCAAGUGAAAACAUCGNUACGUCGAAUAUCAGUAAUGAAACAACUAUUGUGAGCAACACCACGAUGGAAAGCUCUUCAAGUGAAAACAUCGAAACUACUCCGAUGCCAUCUGUAAGUGAAGAAUCCAACAACGCUUCAGCAAGCAAUUCAACGUCACCAAGCCCAUCGCCAGCCGAUGGCGAAGCGAAGAACGAAGGUAGCACAACAGUCGCAGUCAGCAGUGUUACACUGAGCACCGUGAAUCUUUCUGCGAAGGCUGAUAAUAUUGAUGAUGUUUCAAGUUCAACAGCAAAUCCGAGUCCUUAUAUCAAACACAAAUCGGAAAAUGAUAUCGAACAGUUUACAUAA